UGCUAUGGCCGCAGAGCAAUUGAGCCGCAGAGAUAACACCACGAAGGAAAGAGAAAUUCAGGUGGAGAAAGAGAAAGUACCACAGUUGACGAGCCACUUCGAGGCCAUAGCAGUGCAGUGCAAAGCCGCAACUCCAGAGAAAACUCAUGAAUUGGCUAGUGACGGGGGAAAAGAGGCGCAGGGUACCAGCAUAGCCAAAGGGGCACUUCCGGGAAGAGAGGUGAGACGGAGUAUUGCAGAAGGUGAAGUUGGAGGUGGAAAGCCAGAUGAUACCCAUGAAUUGGCUGCUCAAUUUGAUUCUCUUGCAGAAAAAGUAAGAGACAAGAGAGAGACAGACACAGAGAAUGAAAGGAAGAGGCGAGCACGUGCGGAUAAAGAGCGAGAGCAGAAAGGAUCUCGAAUAGGAGAGGAGCAAAGACUCUCAGAACAGAAAAAAGGGAAAGAGGGUGAUAUAGGGUCUCGCCAAAAUCAACCAUCUCUUGAAGAAAUUUCAAAUGUCAGAGCUACAGAACAGGAGAAAUCGAACAAGGCGACAAUGGCUGCGAAGGAACGUUAUGACGAAGCCAAGAAAGAAUCGCUCAACCAAGGAGUUGGGGCUAGAACAGAGGAGUCGGAUCAGAGAGGCACAGAAGGAGCUGAGGACACAGUUGAAGAGAAGGGCCAACAGACAGGUUUAGGGGCAGUGGAGGAGACACUAACUAGUGCAGCCAAAACAGCAAAAGAUUACACUGUGCCAAUAGCAGAGAAGGCGAAGGAUUACACAGUCCAAAAGGCUGUUGAAGCCAAGGACAUUACAGUCACUGUAGGUCAAACAACAGCUCAUUACCUUGGAGAGAAGGCAGUGGCGGCUAAGGAUGUUGUAAUAGGUGGUGGAAAAGUUGCAGCUGAAUACGCUGGCAAAGCGACUGAGGAUCUGAAGGAUAAGGCGGUGGUUGCAGGGUGGAGCACAGCCCAUUACUCAUGUGACACGGCAGUGGAAGGGACAAAAGCAGCAGCAAGGCUCGUGAAGGGAGCUGCAGAGCAGGCUGGAGCAAUAGCAGCCAAGCCAUUGUCCGCUGCAAAGACUGUUGCUGAAUCAACCGGGGAGAGUGUGAAGGAGUACACAGCUAGGAAGAAAGAAGAAGCACAGAGAGAAUCUACGUACAAGCAAGCUGAGAAAGAAUCCAUGUAUGAGAAAACUAAGGAAACUUUUGAAGGGGCGAGAGAAGAAGUUAAGGAAAGGGGAGAAGGAAGAGUAAAUGAGAAGAACGCUGCGGAAGGAAGAGAUGAUGGUGGAAUAUUGGGGGCGAUUGGGGAGACCAUAUACGAGAUUGCACAGACAACUAAAGAGAUAGUGAUUGGGCAUGGUGAUGAAACUAGAAAACAGAACACAUUCGACUUUGAGCAUGGCGAGGAAGAGGGAGAGGCAAAUGACCAAGGAUACGGAAGGGGAGAGCACUACCAAACUGCUACAAGGAAGGAAUACAGAGCCUGAUAGAAAGUUAAGAACUGUCUUUUUGUUUCAGGGUGAAUAAAAUUGAGUGUGUGUGUGUGUCCUUUUGUGUGCUUUUUAGUAGAUCAAGUGUCUUGCAGUGGUGUAAAGGGUGGAGUUUCAUAUGAAGUAAGGAGCACUGCUAUCAUGCUCUCUUCUAAAUUCGUCCAAAUCAUCCAGGCGAUGGAAAGGUGAAGGGGGUGUGUAGUAUAUAUACCAUGGUUUUCCAUUUCUUCC